GCAGUUUACUGUAUCUGCAUUGAUCUGUAUGCAUUGCAUCAGUAUUCAGUAAUACCAGUAAGCAUGUUUAGUCGUUAAUGGUUAUGCUGAUAGAAGUUUUUCAGAUUUUUUUAAUUGUUUACUUAAUUAGUGAAUGUAAAAAUAUGGCAACUGACGAGAAUUCGUGGAAAACGCAAAGUUUCCGACAAAGUGUAAUUGCGAAAAUAGAUGAAGUUGUACAAACGUCUGGAAUGCCCACUACAAGAAAUAGCAUUGAUAUGGAAAAUCAUGUUUUUCAGAAGGCAAAAACUAGGGAGGAAUAUCUAGGUUUUGUUGCCAGGUUGAUUCUACAUGUCAGAGAACUCAACUCCAAGAAAGGUGCAGGAGGUGCUGCACCAGGUACAGGUGGUACAGGAAAUCAAGGGAUGCCAGAUCCAAUUGGGGCAUUGCAAACAUUGGCACGCCAGGGAACUGGUAUUAAUCAAAUGAUGAGUAUGAGCGGACCAGGAUCUAAUCCUCAAGGAAUAAUUCAGCAACCACCUACCAAUACUGCUACCAAUCUAUUGCAAAGUCUAAAUCAACGUCCUGGGCAACCUAUGACCAUGCAAGGUAUGCAAAAUAAAAUGCCAGGAAUGGGUAUGAUGCCUGCCCAAACCAGUGGUCCGAUGGGUCAUAUGAGUUCAAUUCAGACUAUGCAAAAUAAUUCGAUGUUAACCCAGAUGAAUCAAAUGGGGCAAGGACAAAUUCCUCCGCAAAUGAAUCAAGUAGUCCCUAAUCAAAUGGGACAAAUUACUCCAGGACAAAUGCAGCAAAGCAUGCAGACUCAAAUGCAGAAUCAAUUAUCAGGUCAAAUGGGUAAUCAAAUUGGUGGAUCUAUAAGUGGAAUUCAAACUAGUAUGCCACAACAGAUGAAUCAAAUUACUUCGGCGCAAUUAGGUUCUGCUCAAAUGCAACAAUUAAAUCAUAUGCAAAGAAAAUCAGGUGAAAUGAUAAACACUGGAUUUCCAGGUCCUCGAAACGUUACAGCAAAUCAGUUUUUACGACAAAGUCCGUCACCGUCGGCUCCAAGUCCAGCUGGUUUAGGGGCACCAUCGAGUAAUCAGAUGGUAGCUUCUCCAGCGUUAGUUCCAUCUCCGAGCCCGCAACAUGCUAUAAUGGGAGGACCUCAACGAUCUGUAGGUAUGGCACCAUCUCCUAGCAGUUCUUUGAACACUCCAGGAGGUGUGGGCGCUACUCCAAGUCCGCAACAAGAAGAUCAAGCGUAUAGAGAUAAAGUUAGACAAUUGAGUAAAUACAUUGAACCUUUGCGAAGAAUGAUCGCCAAGAUGGGUAACGAUGGAAAUGUCGAUAAAUUAAGUAAAAUGAAGAAGCUUUUAGAAAUUUUAUCGAACCCUAGCAAACGUAUGCCGAUGGAUACACUGUUAAAGUGUGAGGUAGUCCUUGAAAAAGUGGACGUUAAACGUAGUGAUGCUAGUGUUGGGCGAGUAUCAACGUUAAAAGAACAUCAUUUCUUCAGUCCACUUUUGGAAGCAGUAAGCACGCACCUUCAAAGCCCAGUGGUCAACCACACGUUACAACGUACCUUUGGUCCAUGUCUAGAAGCUUUAUUUGGUCCAGAAAUAAAGAAUUUACCACCGCCAUUAAAGAAACAAAAAAUAGAAGAAUCUCCUAGCGAUAUACCAGAUGUAUUACAGGGAGAAAUAGCACGAUUAGAUCAACGAUUUAAGGUUAGCCUUGAUCCAGCGCAACAAAAUGGAUCUAAGUGUAUUCAAUUAAUAUGUUGGUUGGACGAUCGUCAUCUUCCAUGCGUUCCACCAGUAUCGGUUACAGUUCCUGCUGAUUAUCCCCUAACGCCUCCGCGUUGCGUUAUGGCGCCCCAUGAAUACGCUACUACGUUCCUAUGCGCUGUACAAAAAGCUCUAAACGCGCGUAUAACGAAGCUUCCUCGUCGUUUUUCUGUAUCUCAAUUAUUGGACACCUGGGAAAUGAGCGUGAGACAAGCCAGCGCACCUUCGCAAACGCCUGUUACUACAAAUACUGUAUUAAUGGGAUUAUAGUACAAUUUUUUAUGAAUAUUUUAUAAACUCAUCUGUAUAAUUUCUCUUUGACGUGUAUCUAUGUUUGCAUGUUUGUUUUUCAAUGUAAUACUGAUGUAAAUAUUUUUAAUACAAUAAGUCUACAGAUACAAUGUACUGUAAAAAAAGUAUGGUAAAAUCACGAACAUUUAUCUACGAAUAUUUACAAUAUAUAAAGAAAAAAAAUGUGUAUUUCCAAAAAUAUAUAUGCAUGUACGUUCUUA